UCAAUAUUUCAUACCUUCAAACUCAAGAAAAAAUGGCGCAAGCUUCCGAUAGUCAAGAGUUACCCUUAAACGAAAAUGAUUCACAAGAUAUGGUCAUUUAUCAAGUCCUAAAUGAGGCUGAUGCUAUAAUUGGGCCAAUGGGCCAUGGGUUACGAAAUCAUGCAACUACUAGUGUUUCAAGAAAUACCCUUGAUCCGACUCGGGUCAUAACAAAGAGUAGACACUAUAGAGGAGUAAGGCGUCGCCCGUGGGGUAAAUUUGCAGCCGAGAUUCGUGAUUCUAGUAGACACGGUGCAAGAGUAUGGUUGGGGACAUUUGAAACAGCUGAGGCUGCUGCGAUGGCUUAUGAUCGCGCCGCGUUUAAAAUGAGAGGCUCUAAGGCUCUUUUGAAUUUCCCUGCUGAGCUUAUUACAUCAAUGGAGAAAAUUAACAUGGAACCGAGCUUGAUUAUCAAUGAUUGGCAACCGUCGCCUUCAAGUAGUUCUGGUGAGAUAUCAAGUAUAGUAACGAAUUCAGAAAAAGCAUCAGAGUCAUCAUCUAGUCAAGGAAAUAUGUUGCAGCUGUUUUAAAGUGUAUACUAUUGUCAAGGGUCAGCUUCAUUCAAGUUUUUUUUUUUUUUUUUUUUUUCCUUUCUUUUUUUCUUUUUUAAUAGAAUUGCAAGAUAUAUGUAAUUGUGUGGAGCACCACUAGAUUUGAUACAUUUACCACAAUAUACAAAUUUUAU